AUGGGCAACGUGGGCGGCCGAGUAGAGAAACGGGAUUUCUUGCCGACUUCUGCAGGAGGUCUGCGUGGCAUGCGUCAGCCAGACGGGCUGCUCCGGAAAGGAACGUCACAGUGUGGAGUUUUUGGCUACUUCCAUGGGGGCAAGCGGGACACCCGGGCCGAGAAGAAGCACCAGUCAUCUGGAGGUGGCUUGAAAAGGGACUAUGAGAGUGACCAGGAGAACCAACCCCCCGAGCGGUAUUUCCGGGACCAUCAACAGGCAGCUGAUUUCUCCAAGAGCUCAUUGCCUGAACAUGGAUGCUUCAACAGGUGUCGGAUCAGACCCUCUGCCUUGGUAUCAUGGAAGAGCCUGUUGUGCAUGCCGAGGCGGUCAUCAGCCAAAGGCCAGAAGCUGUCCAAGAGCAACAGGAGCCUGACCCAGAACAGCACCAGCAGCUCCUCACAACACAGCCCUCUCCGCAGUCACCUGCUGCACACCAUCAGCCUGGAUGAGAGCACGAACUCUAUCCAAAGCUUCCCCACCGACACUCCAUGUUUCAAACCUGCUCCAACCCAGCUCAAUGCUUCCGCAGGCCACAACAACCACACUGGCGACUCCUUAGACAGGGCUUCUCAGGGGCCACGCGACCCUUUGGCUGUAGACAAAACACCUCUGUCUUGCAAGAGCCUGAGACCCCUGCAGAGCUCUGGGGAACCACACCCUCUGAAUGAACCCACAGACUCCUUGGAAGAUGUGGUGAAGCAGCUCGAGGACCGGCUGACUGAGAAGGGCCUGGAGAGAAAUCUGAUUGAGAAUGAUGAUCCCUUCACACAGAUGUUUGAGGACAAAUGGCGUUUGUGGAUGGAUGAGCUGGAUGAACUGAAGCAGGAGGUUCAGCUGCAGCUCUACAAAGCUCAGCAGGAAGAGAAACGGCUGCAAGAAGAGCUGGACCGUCAGCAGAGGCAGUGCGAGGAGCUGAGGCUCCAGCACCAACAGGCAGAGCGCCUGAGUCCCAUAUUGGAGGAGACCCAGUGGGACGUCUGUCAGAAGACUGCAGGGAUUUCAUUGCUCAAGCAGCAGUUCCCAGAUGCCCAGGAGGAGAUGGCCCAGAAACAGGGUGAAAUCUUCAGCUUGAAAACACAGCUGCGGGAAGUCCAAACAGAGAUGCAAGCCGAGGACUCGCAAGUGGCACAAUUGGGGGACUCUUCCCAAACCUUGAGCGUGGCUCCCCUGCUCCUCCACGGGACUCUCCCAUGCAAGCACGCCAGGACAUUUUGGCUUGUGUAA